GGUCGGCCUUUUGGCGGGGUUGGAGCCUGGAGCUUGCGGGACGGUUGCUGCCGCUUUCUCUCUGCUGAAUUGAAGUCAAAAUGGGUCAUACUAAUUUGGCAAAUAUUGUUGAUCUGCAAAAGAAUACUGCCAACAUCCGCAAUAUCUGUAUAGUAGCUCACGUGGACCAUGGAAAAACUACCUUAGCUGACAGCCUUAUUGCUAGCAAUGGGAUCAUUUCUAAUCGACUUGCAGGAAAGUUACGGUAUAUGGACAGUCGAGAAGAUGAGCAGAUCAGAGGAAUCACAAUGAAAUCCAGUUCCAUAUCAUUGCACUUCAAUACAGAUAAUCAAGAAUAUCUCAUCAAUAUGAUAGAUUCUCCUGGUCAUGUGGAUUUUUCCUCUGAAGUAUCUACUGCCGUGCGUGUGUGUGAUGGUGCUGUUGUUGUUGUUGACGUUGUUGAAGGUGUUUGUCCUCAGACUCAGGCAGUGUUGCGCCAAGCCUGGUUGGAAAACAUUAGCCCAGUUUUAGUAAUUAACAAAAUAGAUCGACUGAUCAUUGAGCUAAAGCUAACUCCAUUUGAGGCUUAUAUUCAUCUGCAGAAGAUUCUGGAGCAGGUAAAUGCGGUAACUGGGAGUCUUUUUACUUCAAAAGUAUUGGAAGAGAGAGCGGAGAUGGAUGUCACACCAGAUCCCAGUUCAGAUUCUAAGACCAGUGGACAGAUUUAUGAUUGGAGUGCUGGCUUGGAAGAAACAGAUGAUUCGCACCUUUACUUUGCCCCUGAGCAAGGAAAUGUGGUUUUUGGAAGUGCUAUUGAUGGCUGGGGCUUCAGAAUUGAACAGUUUGUCCAGAUGUACAGUGAAAAAGUGGGGAUUAAAGCUGAAGUGUUGUUGAAGACUCUUUGGGGUGACUACUAUCUGAACACAAAAGCAAAGAAGAUAAUGAAAGGAGCACAGUCGAAAGGAAAAAAGCCUCUCUUUGUGCAAUUAGUGUUGGAAAACAUCUGGAGUUUAUACGAAGCUGUGGUUGUCCGAAGCUGCCAACUGCUGCAACAGAAGUCGGCUCUCGGGGACAAAGAGAAGAUUAACAAGAUAGUAAAUUCACUGGGUCUAUCCAUUCUACCUCGUGAUUCGCGACACACAGAUCCUAGAGUACAUCUCAAUGCCAUCUGCACUCAGUGGCUUCCCAUAUCUCAGGCUGUGUUGUCAAUGGUGUGCCACAAGCUGCCUAGCCCAUUGGAUAUUACUGAAGAGCGGGUUGAAAAGCUUAUGUGUGUUCGCAGCAGAAGAUUUGAUUCACUGCCUGCCCAAACCCAAGUGCUCAAACAAGCAUUUCUUGAAUGCAAGAGUGAUGAGACAGCUCCAGUCAUUGUAUUUAUUUGCAAGAUGUUUGCUGUUGAUCCCAAGGGUAUACCUCAGAAUAAGCCGAGACCCUUGACUCAAGAAGAAAUAGCUCAGCGACGGGAGCAGGCCAGGAAAAGACUUGCAGAAAAACUUGCAAAUCAAGGACAGCAAUCGGGAGAAAAUGCAGAGAUCUCUGCCACCAAUAGCAGAGGUGGCAGCACAAGAGACAUCCAGGUACCAAGCCAGAUGGAGCAGGCAGGACUGAAUGUUUACCAACAGGAAAGCGAACAGAGAGACCACUUCAUUGCAUUUGCCAGAGUAUACAGUGGAACGAUCCGCAGAGGACAGAAAUUGUUUGUGCUAGGCCCAAAAUAUGAUCCCUCGGAAGCUUUAGCCAAGUUGCCUGAGAAUUAUUCACCUGAUGAUGAAGUUUUGAUCCCACACCUGAGUUGUUGUACGGUUGAGGACUUGUAUCUGCUAAUGGGUAAAGAACUAGAAGAAGUCCAAGAGGUACCUGUUGGCAAUGUGCUAGGAAUUGGUGGCUUAGAAGAUCACGUCUUAAAAUCUGCCACGUUGUCGACUUCUCCUUUAUGCCCACCUUUUACGCCUUUGAACGUUGAAGCAACUCCCAUUGUAAGAGUAGCCGUGGAGCCUAAACAUCCAAGUGAAAUGCCACAGCUGGUGAGGGGGAUGAAGCUACUCAACCAAGCUGACCCAUGUGUGGAGGUGCUAGUCCAGGAGACGGGAGAACACGUAUUAAUAACUGCUGGAGAAGUCCACCUCCAGCGUUGCUUGGAUGAUCUCAGAGAAAGAUUUGCAAAGAUUGAAAUCAGUUCGUCAGCGCCAAUUGUUCCAUUCAGAGAGACUAUCAUUCGACCACCAAAAGUGGACAUGGUAAAUGAAGAUAUGGGCACUCAGCAAAAGGUUGCUGUCAUUCACCAAAAGAAAGAGGACCAGAGUAAAUAUCCUGAAGGUGUCAGUGUGGAUUCUGAUGGACUUGUGACUUUGAAUACACCCAAUAAGUUGUCCACUAUCAGCGUGAGAGCUAUGCCACUUCCAGAAUCGGUAACACAGUUACUUGAAGAAAAUAGUGAUCUGAUUCGUGCAAUGGAACUGUUCAACCUGUCAGUAAAAGAAGGCAGAGAAGCUCAAGAAAUAAACUUGACCACUCUUGAGGCUAUCAAGACGUUUAAGCAAAAGCUAGAAGAGAAUUUUGUAGGCCGGAAGUGGAGAAAUGCAGUGAACCAAAUCUCAUCAUUUGGACCACGGCGUUAUGGCCCCAAUAUUUUACUAAAUGGGUUAAAAAACUAUGAUAGGCCAUCAGUGUGGCAGUGCCUUGACAAAAACAGUAGGGAUUCAGGAGCCUAUAGGGACUUUGACAAUAGUAUAAUCAGUGGAUUUCAAUUGGCCACCCUUUCUGGUCCAAUAUGUGAAGAACCUCUUAUGGGUGUUUGCUUCAUUUUAGAAAAAUGGGACAUGAGUAAUAAAGUGAGGCAGUUUGUUCAAUCUUCCACAGAGGAACAGGCAUCUAAACCCGAGGUGCAACAGGAGAUAACUGCAAAAGAAAAUAGCCUUACUGACUUGAAGCCCAUAUUGGAAAUCACAAAACAACAAAAUGGUCGGACUGAGAGCAGCCAGACUCCAGCCAAGAGUUCUGAUGAUGGAAAAUAUAACUCUGAAAUGGUGCUUACGGAUUGCUAUGGUCCUUUCUCAGGACAGCUCAUUGCCACAAUGAAGGAAGCUUGUCGGUUUGCAUUUCAGGCGAAGCCUCAGCGAUUAAUGGCAGCGAUGUACACAUGCGAGAUUAUGGCAACUGCAGAAGUGUUAGGUCGAGUCUAUGCAGUCCUUUCAAAACGUGCAGGCCGGGUAUUACAGGAAGAGAUGAAGGAAGGGACAGAAAUGUUCAUCAUCAAGGCCGUUUUGCCAGUUGCAGAAAGCUUUGGUUUUGCUGAUGAAAUCAGGAAGAGGACAAGCGGCCAAGCCAGCCCACAACUUGUGUUCAGUCACUGGGAGGUAAUUCCAAGCGAUCCAUACUGGGUCCCCACAACAGAAGAAGAGUACCUGCACUUUGGGGAGAAAGCUGAUACUGUAAACCAAGCACACAAAUACAUGAAUACUGUGCGCAAACGAAAGGGACUGUAUGUGGAAGAGAAGAUUGUUGAGCAUGCUGAAAAGCAGAGAACCCUCAGUAAAAAUAAAUAAUUGCUUCAAAAUAUAAACUUUACUAAGGAUACUUAUUCACCUGUGAAGAUUGGUAAGGUUGCAGAUGAAAUGUAAAAUCUGCACGAAUGACACCUGGUAAAUUUGUAUUAAUAUUUUUAAUACGAAUACCUUUAAACUCAAAUCAUGCCUUUGUGUUCCAAUUUCCUGUGCUUAUUGAGUACAAAAUGUCAUCAGCUGAAGUUGCAGUCUAACUAAAACAUGUUAGGAUUACAUGUGACAUACUUGAUAUACUUUUUAUUGAAAGAAAAUCUGCCACGGUUACUUGAAACUGUGGCUAAUGAACUCAGGCAUGUGUAUGGCACCCUGUGCAGUUUGUAGAUGUUGGCAUUUGACAUUCAUCUGGUCUGUUUUGAAUUACUCCUAACUAACCCAAGAGUUUCAAGCAGCACAGUUGAGUCCUUUAAUCAUCCCUAAUCCUGAUUCAGUCGAUCUAGAUUGAAAUUUCAAGAAUGUAAUGCUUACAAACUCUCCUGUUGGACUAAUCUCACCAGGUUCAAAUUAAAACUAAUUAACCACCUAUUGAAAUAAUUUUACAGGAAGAAGUGAAACCAAUGACUGUACUGCAGUGCAGUAAGACUUUAUAUGGGAAGCAUCUGCAAAAGUCCUAUUUUGUGGAUGCCAGCAUGUUAUUGGGCAUGGCUGUGUGUUGUUCAGAUUGCUGCAACGGAGUCAAUUACUUCCAAAAAUAUUUUAACUCUAUUAAGGUACAAUGGGGACUCCACCUACUGUAAAUAUUACAGCCUCAUUGAUAUGUUACUUAUUAAAAGAUUUUGGUUGCAUAGAGUGGAAAGUAGUCCUGAAGGAAAUUAAUUACUCUAUAUAUGCAUUAUAGUCCCUGCAUUUCCAGCUUCAGAUCUAAAUAACUGCAUUUCCCUGCUCUAGCUUGAACAUACAGUAGAAAAAGGAUGCCUCUUUUUAUGAGGAUUCAUAUUGGUUUAGGGUUCCAUUUCUUUUGUUUCACAGCACAUGGUAUUCACAUAGUCUACUGCUGAUAAUUCAGUUUCUUUGGAUAAUUCAAAUUGUUUCAAGACAGGCAGAGAACACAAAUUGGUGUUGCCCUGUUUCAGAAAUGAAUUAAUAACUUAUUUAUGAGUAGAUUGUGAAUGCAUUUAUACAUCGAUCCCUAUGUAAACAAUAACUUUGGUCAAUAAUUUGUGGUGUAUAAAACUAUUUCUGUUUUCUGCAUUGUAAAAUAUGAUUAAAGAUUGAU